AUGUCCUCCCCUCUGAACACCGCCAAGGGAGGCUCGCGUCGACCUAUGAAGCGGAAGUCUCGAGCCACUUCUUCAACACCUCGAGCGAAGAAGCAAAGGAUUGAGCCCGAACAACUAGGUCCUUUCUUGUUCCUCUUGAUGUUUAGGUCUCUACCGCCCGAGAUCAGGAACAUUGUCUACGAGCUCGCCUUCUUUCGACCUGCCGGGAUUGAUCUUGCCGGAAGGAACGAGUCUUACACAGUGAAAAGCUCAAAGUUUCUUUGGCAACGCAAGGAUGUACGCCACGUUCGAGAGCAGACGCGUCGCGGCAAUCCCAACGACAAGAUCCCAGUCUCAUUCCUGAAAUGCUGCAAGCGAGUGCAUUCCGAAGCUCGCACAAUUCUGUAUGCCAAUCGCUUUAGGGUGGGGGAUAUGGAAACUCUCGCGGUCUGGCUGCGGGACUUAAGUCCGGGGAACAUUGUCUAUCUGCGAUGGAUCCAGAUCAGAACCGAGCCCCAACCAUGGACCUCUCGCGUCUCGCGAAGAGUGGUAGCGCAGCAUAGCCGUUACCGAGACGUAUGCCGGAAAGUGGCCAAGAUGAUAGCCGUGGCGAGAAGUCUCGAGUCACUGCAAACGGUUUUCCACUACCACCACAAGAUAAAAUCCCAAAGGUCGAGUCUCCAACGGCGCGGCCCUGUAUCCGGCUGGAUAGACCUCGCGCGAAAGGUUGCCGAUUUAGUUUACGAUGACUUCCGCCCAAUCUUUUCACAGGGGCUCUCCCGUGGUCGAAGUCCGGAACAGCUCUGUCGCAUUUUGGGCGUCGGCCAGAAUAACUGGUGGGGUCGCCGACGUUCAUUGACCCCGUCGCAGCUCAACGCCACAGACGCCGAACAUGCCGAGAACGAGGUGGCAGAGCAUCUAAGGCUACUCCUGGAGAGGAACCUGCAACACCGCCAUCGCUUUCCUCACAAACGUCAAGAAUUGGACUCAUGA